ACCGUCGAGGCUACUGGGAGCGGGGCUUCCCCGCCUGCCCUCCUGUCCAGCUGUCCUCCUCCCGGAGACCGGCCGGAGCUGAUGACCCCGGGCGACCUCCAUCAUUCCAGGCAGCAGCUGCAGCAGCAGCAGCAGCAGCAGCGCACUCGGGAAUGGGUGGCCAGACAUCCCCACGCGCCCGAGGCCCGGGACCAGGGCCCCACCAGAGUCUGGUCAGUGCUGCCAGAGAACUUCCCCUUGGAGCUGGGCUUCGGGGUCCCAGAACCUAACUCAGCGCCUUUAGACCCUCCUGUUUCCCCUCGUUCUCUCUCCCCUGCUGUUCCGGAGGCCUGGCCCGGGAACCCCCCGUUGGCAGUCUUUCGCAGCAUUCGUUCUCAGCUGUCCCUCCAAGAACUGGAUGACUUUGUGGACCAGAACAGUCACAGCAGCGAGGAGAGCAGCAGUGGGCCCAAAGAGUCCCCUGGGGGUUCUGAAGAGGGCCUGCACAUCGCCCUAGGAACCCCAGAUUGGAGAAAGCUCCGGAAUUCAGGUGGCCGCCUUUCUCCGAAGGAGGGUGACUGCCGCAGGAGCCCUCAAGGCCUCAGAAACCCAGGGGAUGGGCACGCCCCUCAGCAGGUUCCACCUGGGGCCAAUGGUCUUGCAGGCCAGCCCCAGGAGCCCUCGUCCUCGCCGGCUCCCAGGUUAAGGAGAUCCCUCAGGAUGAGCUCUCGGGCAGGGAGAGCCGCAUUGUCCUCCUCGGAUGAGGAGUGUCUUGAGGAGGACUUCCUGAAAAGGAGCCGGCGCCCACCGCGGUCCAGGAAACCCUCCAAGGCAGGAGCCGCGUCCAGCCCCAGGGUGGAUGCUGCGUUGACACCGAACCCUGCUGAUGUGAAGGCUGCUGUUGCUGCCAGGGGUCAUCUACACAGUGUGUGCGCCCCAGGUAGGCAGGCGCCUGCAGCCUUGGUCCCGCACAGACCCGAGCACAAGCCGUCUCUGGUGCCCCUGGAUGCCAGGGAGCAUGAAUGGAUGGUGAAGCUUGCCACUGGCUCUUGGAUUCGCGUGUUGACUUUGUUUUGGGAGGAUCCUCAGCUGGCUUUGCACAAGGACUUCUUGACUGGGUACACGGCUUUGCACUGGAUAGCCAAACAUGGCGACCUCAGGGCCCUGCAGGACUUCGUGGGGAGUGCCCAGAAGGCAAGGGUUGCUCUUGAUGUGAAUGCGAAGUCCAGUGGUGGGUACACCCCUCUGCACCUUGCAGCCAUUCAUGGCCACCAGGGGGUCAUGAAAUUGCUCGUGGAAAGGCUGGCUUCGCGAGUGAAUGUCCGGGACAGCAGUGGGAAGAAGCCUUGGCAGUAUCUGACCCGUAAUACCUCUGGGGAAAUAUGGCAGCUCCUGGGAGGCCCUCGGGGCAAGCCUAUUUUUCCUGUCUAUCCCUUAGUCCGAAGCUCUUCCCCCACCAGGAAGGCCAAGAGCCGGGAGAUAUCUAGACACAUCACCCGAAAGACUUCCCUUGCUGCGCUACUCAAAAGUCAGCACCACAGGUGGAAAUCGGCCAACCAGUAUGAGAAGUUCCCCCCUCCCAAGGAAAGAGAAGAGUACAGUGACUAAGGCGGACCCCUGUCUCCCACACGCAGCCACUGCACCUCCAUCCUUGAGCUACUCGGUCAGAGGAUUCAGGGGGAGCAGAAAAACUGCCAAGGAGUUGGUAAAGAGAGAGAUCAAGUGAGAUGGCCUCCCUAGUGUUUACCUGCCUGGAUUUUUUGUCAGCUCAUCGUGGACCUCAGGGUUUAUUCAAGCUUCCGACAGCUCAAGUCCUUGGGCCAGUGAGACCUCUACAAGGGGCAGAGCCACGUGCUUAAAAGCAGCAGGCGUCCUUCCUCUUCCCUGUCACCUCUGAGCACUGUAAGCACAUUGUUCUCUGUAGCAGCAGUACCAGGCCUUGGCUAGAGGGGACAGCUGUCUAACAAGAAGGGAGGCACUUCCAGGAAUUGACAAAGCUCAAACAGAAUCUGCUCUGGCUGGUAGUUCUCUGGCUUCUCUUCAUUUGGAGAAUAAUUUGGCUGCGAGUGGAAAGCUCCAGAUUUGAAAUCAGAUGGCCAGGCCCCUCUUUUCUUUUUUUUAUUCUUUUAAAAAAUCUUUUUUCAUUCUUUUUCCCUCCCUCCCUCC